AUGAAGCAGAGAUUCUCGUCCAUAGAUGUCAAGGUCAUCACCCAGGAGCUGGCCUCGGAGCUAGUCAACCUGCGAGUCUCCAACAUCUACGACCUAUCAUCCCGAAUCUUCCUCUUCAAACUCGCCAAACCAGACCACCGCCGCCAACUCAUCGUCGAUUCCGGCUUCCGCACCCAUGUAACCCAAUACUCCCGCACAGCCGCGACCGCCCCCUCACCAUUCGUGACACGCCUACGCAAAUUUCUCAAAUCGCGCCGUAUCACUGGCGUCGCGCAGAUCGGCACAGAUCGAAUCAUCGACAUCUCCUUCAGCGAUGGCGCCUACCACAUGUUUCUCGAGUUCUUCGCCGGCGGCAACAUCAUCCUCACCGACCGCGAUUAUACCGUGAUCGCAUUGUUCCGAAAUGUCCCCGCCAGCGCCGGCGAGGAGGAAAUGAAACUCGGCCUCCAAUAUAACCUUACCAACAAGCAGAAUUAUGUGGGGAUCCCAGAUAUCACCCCAGAGCGGGUGAAGAGUGUGAUUGAGAAGGCGCAAGCAUCGUUCUCCCAGGAGGGCGGGGCGCCGAAAAAGUCCAAGAAGAAGGCUACGGAUAUCUUGCGAAAGGCUUUGUCUCAGGGGUUUCCCGAGUAUCCGCCCCUAUUGCUUGAUCAUGCUUUUGCUGUCAAGGAGUUCGAUACUACCACCCCGCUCGACCAGGUUCUCGGAGACGAAGCUCUCUUAAAGAGGGUGGAGGAGACCUUGCGAGAGGCCGCUUCGGUGUCGGAUAGCUUCAAUGUUGGCGAAAGUCACAAGGGAUAUAUCGUGGCGAAGAAGGACGAACGAGCCUCGAAAGAAGAGGAGAACACAUCAAAGACCCCAGGUCUUUUGUAUGAGGAUUUCCACCCUUUCAGACCGCGCCAGUUUGAAGGGAAGCCGGGAAUCUCGAUUCUUGAAUUCGAGCGGUUCAAUGCCACUGUCGACGAGUAUUUCUCUUCCCUGGAGUCCCAACGCCUAGAGUCCCGACUCACGGAACGUGAAGACGCGGCCAAGCGCAAGCUGGACUCUGUCCGAGAGGAGCAUAGAAAGCGCAUCGAUGCCUUGAAAGAUGCGCAGGAAAUCCACAUUCGCAAGGCUGCCGCUAUUCAAGACAAUGUGUACCGCGUUCAAGAGGCCAUGGACGCUGUGAAUGGUCUUGUGGCUCAGGGAAUGGAUUGGGGUGAGAUUGCCCGUCUAAUUGAGAUGGAACAAGCUCGAGGAAACCCCGUGGCACAGAUUAUCAAGCUUCCUCUCAAGCUCUACGAGAAUACCGUCACGCUGAUGCUUGGGGAGGAAGAAGAGGAGGAAGAAGAAGAAGAAGACGCCGAGUCUACUGAUGAAUCGGACUCCGCUUCGGAUUCUGAGGAUGAGCACCAAGAGCAACAGAGACGUGCAGAUGCAACUUCACGCAUGCUUAAGAUUGAUAUCGAUCUCGGUCUUACACCUUGGGCUAAUGCCUCUCAAUACUAUGACCAGAAGAAGACUGCCUCGGAGAAGCAGCAGAGAACUGUCCAGUCUUCGAGCAAGGCGCUUAAGAGCCACGAGAAGAAGGUUACGGCCGAUCUCAAGAAAGGUCUCAAGCAAGAGAAACAGGUCUUGCGACAGGCUCGUGUGCCAUUCUGGUUUGAAAAAUUUGAGUUUUUUAUUUCCUCCGAGGGAUAUUUGGUUCUGGGUGCGCGUGAUGCCAUGCAAAGCGAGCAGCUCUACCGACGCUACUUGAACAAGGGCGACAUAUUUAUCCACGCCAACCUCGAGGGUGCACUUCCCAUCGUUGUCAAGAACCGACCCGGCAAUCCCGAUGCGCCCAUUUCGCCCAGCACACUUUCUCAAGCCGGCACUAUGUGUGUCUCAACAUCGGCGGCUUGGGACUCCAAGGCUGUUAUGUCUGCCUGGUGGGUGCAUGCGAAUCAAGUGACCAAGACUGCGGCAAAUGGUGGUGGGAUUCUGCCCACGGGUAGUUUCGAAGUCAAAGGCGAGAAGAAUUUUUUAGCCCCGUCGCAAUUGGUGCUUGGGUUUGCCAUUCUGUUCCAGGUUAGCCAGGAGAGUGUUCGGAACCACAAGCAGCGAUUUGAGGGAGAUGCUCCUGACGAGUUCGGUAGUAUUGCGCCAGUUACACAGCCUGCUGCCGAGCAAGAGACCACGAAGCCUGCAGAGCCUACUGAGGAAGCCGUGGAAGAAAAGUCAGCCGAGGAGCCCGCAAUCGAGACCCCACAAGAAGGCAAUGCAUCCGACCAAGAAGACGAUGAGGACACAAAGCCUGCCGGGAAUCCUCUGCAGCGAGGUGACUCCGAGGGCCCUGUUGAUAAGGACGAGCAAUCUCCUGAAAGCGAAUUCGAAGAAGAGACAAAAUCAGAGCCCGACGUCGUCCAAGAAGACGAAGAACUCGAGCAAUCCGGUGACGAACCCGAAGGAGACGAGACGGCACAACAAGCAACUGCAAACCAAGAACCUACAUCCCCCGAGGAUGCACGGAAACAGCUGACAGCGCGAGAGAGACGCGCUUUACGCCAGGGCAAGCCCGUCGAUCUACCCGGCAAGGCAGAGCCCGCACACGCACGAAUCGCACCCACCCGAGGCAAGAAGGCCAAGGAGAAGCGAGCGGCCGCCAAAUACGCCCACCAAGACGACGAAGAGCGCGAACUUGCUCUCCGCCUCCUGGGAUCCAACAAAGGCAAAGCAGCAAAGGCCGUCAAAGCCGCCGAAUCCAAAGAGCAGCGUGAACGUGAAGCAGAACAACAAAGAGCCCGCCGCCGCGCACAGCACGAACGAGCCGCCGAGGCAGAGCGCAAGCGCCAAGCCCAAUUCGCCGAAGGCGCAGACGACUAUAACGAGGAGACUGCUGCAGCUGAAGCAGCUGACCUGAGUUGGUUGCCCGCGCUCAUCGGCACGCCGACGCCAGAGGAUGAUCUCCUAGGUGCACUUCCGGUUUGCGCGCCGUGGGCGGCUUUGACGCGGUAUAAGUACAAGGUUAAGCUGCAGCCGGGUACGGUUAAGAAGGGGAAGGCUGUCAAGGAGAUUCAUCAUCGGUGGGUUUCUGAGACGACGACCGGCAAGGUUAAGAAGGAUCAUGCGGAGGAUGCGGGCGUUCCGCGUGCUGUGGCUGAGGAACUUCGGGCUAAGGAGGGAGAGCUUAUUAAGGGGUGGAAGGAGUCUGAGAUUAUCAAUACGAUGGUCGUUGGUAAGGUGCGCAUUAUGACACCUGGUAGUGCUGGGGGUGGUGGUGAUAAGGGGAAGGGCAAGGGUGGAGGUGGUGGUGCAAAGGGAGGAAAGGGUGGCAAGAAGAAAUAG